AUGGCUACCCCUAGUGUCCUAGCUUUUAACGCUGAGGGUCGCGCCAUUGACUUUGAGGUCUGGGUCGACGACCUGCAGCUGUUCUUACAGUGCGAUAGAGCAGACGGUCUUUCUCUCUUUGACCUCACCUCUGGCGCCGUCCCUGCCCCUGCUGCUGAUGCUGACCCCACUCUUCGCUCCCAGUGGGCCACACGCGAUGCUGCUUCACGUCUUGCUGUGCAUCGCCACCUGCCUACCGCUGAGCGCGCGCACUUUAGUCAGUACAAGAGUGCUCAGACCUUGUACGACGCUGUAGUUGCGCGCUACUCCUCCCCUGCCACUGCUGCACUGAGCCGCCUCAUGCUACCCUUCCUCUUCCCUGACCUUGCUACCUUUCCCACAGUCGCUGACCUCAUUACGCACCUCCGCUCUAGUGACACUCGCUACCGCGCUGCGUUCCCUGCUGACUUCUGCGCCAAGAACCCCCCCCCCCCCCCAUCGGCAGAGAAGAGCAUAGUCGCCGUAGGGGCCUCUCGUGGUGACCCUCGCACCCCCAUCUUUGAGGGGUGUUCUCCUUCCCCCCUGUUGCCCUCUGUCGCCUCUGCCGCUGCGGCCGACCUCGUUGGUCUUGAGUCGGUCAGUGCGGCGUCCGCCCCUAGCGGGAGACGCCGCCCUGGCAAGGGCAAGGUGGGCAAGGGCGCGGGUGGAGCUGGCGGGGGCAGUGGAGGUGGAGGUGGCGGUGGCGGAGGGAGUGGGGGUGGCGGUGGGGGUGGUAGUGGGGGUGGAGGUGCUAGUGGCGGCAGUGGAGGCGGAGGCGGUGGUGGCGGCGGCGUUGCUGGCGGAGGCGGCGAUGGCGGUGGAGGCGGAGGCGGCGGAGGUGGAGGUGGUGGAGGUGGUCGGAGUGGCGCUUCGCAGCGGAGCAGCACUGGGGGUGGUCAGCGCCAGCAGCAGCAGCAGUGGUCUCGCGACGUCCCCACCCCUCAGCAGCUCCGUGAGUGGUACACGCAGCGUCAGUGUGGUGGGGGUUUUGGUCUCUGCACCUACGUCCUUCGCACCGGCGACCGCGCGGGUGAGCAGUGUGGGGGUGCCCACUCCGCCCAGCGCUGCUUUGGCCGCCUGACGGACGCUUGGCGCCAGCAAUUUCCGGAGGCCACUGAGAUCCCCUGCUGGGGAGAGCUGUCUAGGGCUGGUGAAGCGAUCUUUGAUCUUGACUUUGAUGCUAUCCUUGCUGCCAUGUAUGCUGUGACUAUUAGUGAUGAGGGUGACUGUUACCGGUGUUUCCCGCCCGACCCGGGCAUUGGUACUGCUGCUCUAGGUGCCAGUGAGGCUACUGCUCUAGGUGCCAGUGCGUCUGUGCUCUCAGGUACUGGUGAGUCUGCGCUCUCAGGUACUAGUGAGUCUGCGCUCUCAGGUACUGCGUCAGCUUCGGCCUCCCACACCUUCACCCCUGACUCUGGGGCGUCUCGAUCCUUCUUUCGGGACCGCACCACACUCACGCCGCUUAGUCGGCCGGUUGCGGUGUCCUUGGCUGACACCUCUGGGGGUCCUGUCCUGUCUCGCUUCUCCACAGUCCUCCCGUGUCCGGCGGCUCCCUCUGGCACCCUGACUGGUCUCUACCUUCCCUCGUUCUCUACGAACCUGGUGAGUGGUGCUGACCUACAGGAUGCGGGUGUCCACCAGUUCACUCCUGCUCGUCAGCGGGUGACGCACUGCACAGAGGCUAGUACAGGUCGCCACCUGGCUACGUUUACAAGUCAGCCAGGUUCGAGCCUGUACACACUGACCACUACUUCUCCUCCAGUUGCUGAGUCUGGUAGAGUCCCUGCGUCUGGUCAGGUGUUUGCUGCAGCGUCCAGGUGUGAUCCUGAAUCUGCCCCCUGCUCGUGUCGUCGCGUGUCUCACGAGACUCUCCUCUGGCACCACCGCAUUGGUCACCCCUCUCUGCUUCGGCUCAGAGGCAUGGCCUCCCGUCUUCUUGUGUCUGGUCUCCCCCGGUCCCUCCCUCCCCUUCCUCAGGGCCCUGGCCCUGCCUGUGUCCCCUGUGUCGAGGGGCGCCAGCGUGCUGCCCCUCACUCCUCCCAGUUUCCUCCGACAGAGGCCCCGUUGAAGACGCUGCACAUGGACGUGUACGCGGCGCAUCAGAUCAACCUUCACCCUAGGGUCUCUAGCUCGGAGACCUCCCCAGCCCUGCUGUGGACGGGGAAGGUUGGCGAUGCGUCGGCGUUCCGGGUCUGGGGAUCUCGGGCGUUUGUUCGCAACUUGUCUGCGGACAAGCUGUCCCCUCGCGCUGCUCCCUGCGUCUUCCUGGGGUUCCCCCCCGAUGCCCCUGGGUGGCAGUUCUACAACCCCACCUCUCGCUGUGUUCUGUCCUCCCAGGACGUCACGUUCGACGAGUCGGUACCCUACUACCGCCUCUUCCCCUACCGCACUCCGUCCCACCCCCCACCCCCGCUCGUCUUGGUACCAGGUCCCCCCCCGGUAGACCCCCUUCCCCCUCAGGGUCCUGCCCCUUCAGGUGUGUCCCAGGUAGACGUGGUCGAGCCUGUCGAGGUCACUGGUGACUCUGGUGCUGCUGCGGGUGCUGAGACUGGGGGUGUUGAGCCUGGGGGUGCGGGGCCUGGGGGUGCGGAGCCUGGGGGUGCGGAGCUUGGGGGUGCUGAGCCUAGGGGUGCUGAGCCUGGGGGUGCUGAGCCUGGGGGUGCUGAGCCUGGGGGUGCUGAGCCUGGGGGUACUGAGCCUGGGGGUGCUGAGCCUGGGGGUGCUGAGCCUGAGAGUGCUGCGACUGGAGGUGCUACGCCUGGAGGUGCUUUGCCUGGGGUUGCUGAUCCUGGAGUUCCUUCGCCUGGAGUUUCUCCGAGUGCUUCGUCUCGCCGAGAGCCACUCUCCCCACAGGAGCUGCGUGAGUGGUUUGCCCGGCGCUGGAGGCGUGCUGCUGGUGCUGGCGGUUCUUCGGCUGCUGAGGGUGCUGCUGUCGCGGGUUCCGGAGGUGCUCGUACUGGGAGUACUGGAGCUGCUGGGCCUGCGGGUUCGACUGGAGCUGGUGCUGCUGAGGGUGUUGGCGCUGAGACUAACACUGGCGGUCCUGCUGGGGGUGCUCCUGGUGCUGCUGGAGGUGCUGCUGGAGCGGGUACUCCUGCUGGGGGUACUCGUGCUGUCCCUGGUGUGUCUGGCGUCGCCGCGCGACCUCGACCGUACUUCGUUCCGCUCCUGCAGCAGGUUCUUGGUCUUCCACCUUCUACUGGUCCUCCUCCUCCCUUAGAGGGUCCACAGCCUGUCCCGUCACAGUCACAGCUACAGCCUGCCUCCCCCUUACCUGCUCCUUCUCCCUACGCUGGUCCUACUGGAGGUCUUACUGAGCGUCGUGAGCCUGCGUCUCGUCCUGCGUCGCCUGUUCGUACUGCACGCGCUAGUGGUCGCAGUUCCCGUCAGCGUCCUCCUCCUGUCCCUGGCACGCACCGGAUGUCACUGCGUCCGUCUACUGCUCCUCUGCGUGCCCCUUUACCUUCUCCUCCUGAGUCCUCUCUUCCUGCUCUUGCCAACCUGGAGUCGGACUCUCUUCGUGCUGCCAGUCCUACUGUGACGCGUUUCCUUGCUACUGUCGUCACUGACCCUUCUUACGAGUCUUCUGCUGCGUCUGCCCUCGUUACUGAGCUCGUCGACUUUGCUUCUCGCUGUCGCCUAGACUACGCUGCUAGUCUUGUCGCUGAGUCUGAGUCUGUCUGUCCUCCAUCCGUCGGGGGUGAGUGUGCCCUUGGCACGAACGUCCUCGAGGACAGGCAGGAGGAGUUCCAGUGCCUGGCAGCUGCUUCACCGCAUCUCUUGUCCGUACUGCUUACCCCUGAGGGAGACCCGGAUGCACUUGACAUCCCGACUCCGCGCUCUUACGCGGAGGCGAUAGAGGGUCCCUACUCCUCUCAGUGGCAGGCAGCUAUGGAUGCAGAGAUGGCUUCCUGGAAGUCCAUAGGCACCUACGUUGACGCUAUUCUCCCUCCUGGGGCGAACAUCGUCAGUGGCAUGUGGAUCUUUAGGGUGAAGCGGCUGCCGGGUUCUCCGCCUGUCUUCAAGGCGCGUUACGUGGCUCGUGGCUUCAGCCAGCGGCAGGGAAUUGACUACUUUUAG